AUGAAUGCACUAGCAGCCACCACUAGGAACUUUAAGUUGGCAUCUAGGCUUCUGGGAUUAGAUUCCAAGCUUGAGCAAAGUUUGCUGAUUCCAUUCAGGGAAAUCAAGGUUGAGUGUACCAUCCCUAAAGAUGAUGGCACCUUGGCAACUUUUGUUGGAUUCAGAGUUCAACAUGAUAAUGCCAGAGGCCCUAUGAAAGGAGGGAUCAGAUACCAUCCUGAGGUCGAAACAAAUGAAGUGAAUGCUUUAGCACAACUAAUGACAUGGAAGACUGCAGUAGCAAAUAUACCAUAUGGUGGUGCUAAAGGAGGAAUAGGGUGUGACCCCUCAAAGUUAAGUGUGUCUGAGGUAGAAAGACUCACUAGAGUUUUCACCCAAAAAAUUCACGAUCUGAUUGGAAUUCAAAUAGAUGUUCCAGCACCUGAUAUGGGAACAGGACCACAGACUAUGGCAUGGAUACUAGAUGAGUAUUCCAAAUUUCAUGGUUACUCUCCUGCAGUAGUGACUGGGAAACCUAUAGAUCUUGGUGGAUCUCUAGGUAGAGAUGCAGCUACAGGAAGAGGAGUCCUCUUUGCAACAGAGGCUUUGCUUAAUGAGCAUGGGAAGAGUGUAUCCGGACAACGAUUUAUCAUACAGGGCUUUGGAAAUGUGGGGUCUUGGGCUGCUCAAUUAAUAAGUGAAAAAGGUGGAAAAAUUGUUGCUGUGAGUGACAUAACAGGAGCUAUAAAGAAUAGCAAUGGUCUUGACAUUCCAAGCCUACUCAUACAUUCCAAAGAGCACCAAGGAGUAAAAGGGUUUCAUGGUGGUGACCCAAUUGACCCCAAGUCAAUAUUAGUUGAAGACUGUGAUGUUCUUAUACCAGCAGCUCUUGGGGGAGUCAUCAAUAGGGAUAAUGCAAAUGAGAUUAAAGCCAAAUUUAUCGUUGAAGCAGCCAAUCACCCAACUGUCCCGGAGGCUGAUGAGAUUCUGAAAAAGAAAGGGGUUGUUAUCCUGCCAGAUAUUUUUGCAAAUUCAGGAGGAGUUACAGUUAGCUACUUUGAAUGGGUGCAGAACAUCCAAGGAUUCAUGUGGGAUGAAGAGAAGGUGAACAAUGAGCUAAAGACAUACAUGACCAAAGGUUUCAAAGAUGUAAAGGACAUGUGCAAAACUCAUCAUUGUGAUCUUCGUAUGGGAGCCUUCACACUUGCAGUUAACCGUGUUGCAAGGGCUACUGUCCUUAGGGGUUGGGAAGCUUGA